GGCUCUGCUUGUUAGAUUAUGGCUUGAUAUUAACACUAAUGCGUCUUCGUUUAGCACAUUUCGACUUACUUUUGUUAAAUGGCUUCAAGCUAUUUGAAUUUGGGUCACCAUAUUUUCAGAUUCCCAAAGGCUUGAUAUCCGUUUCGGCAGAUGCAUUUUUCAAAGUAAAAGGAAAUGAGAGUCGACAAAAGAAUAAAUUAUAUUUUUUUCACUUGAGUAAAUCACUUUUUAGCUUUCUUGUUUAUUUAACAACUGUAUGCGCUCAAAAUCUUUUCCCAAUCCAUCUUCACCUUCAUGAAAAAAUCGUUCCUUAUUUCCCGUUCCACUUAAAUUGGAUUUGAAAUGGUUACCUUUUAAGGACAGGAACUUAAAAAGAAACUCUCCUACAAAUAAAAUGACAAAAAAUUGAAUAAAUACAUUUGUUUUCAUUUCUGAACAAACUCAUUAUUAUUUCAAAAAUGGGACAAAAAAUGGAGAAUUACAGUAAACGCUUCCCAACGAUUUCAAUGGGUGCAUGUCUUCAUCCUGUUUUUAAAAAUGUUUCCCACCAAAUUGAGUUGCUAUUCAAAAGAGGAGAGCAAACCUUAAUUUACAUAUAAAUCUACUCUCCCCGAGAGAAACUUGAACAUUCAUUACCUCCGUUCUAUUUACUUGAUAAAAAAUAAAUUGGAGAUGGCGUGAUCGAAUUAUUCCUUUUUCACUUUAUUCAAACUUACCGAUUGGUCCAGACUACAACUUCCGUUUUCAGUUGAUUAUCAUUCUUCACAAACGAUUUUACCGAAUAAAAGCUAUCUCAUUAGUAAAAAAAGCCCGUACGAAUUGCUUAUUUUUUUGUGCCAUAUCAUUCAAUUUUAAGCUUUGUUUUAUAACAUUCAGUUAUUCUCCUGAGCUCUCAAAAAUUGCCUUUUUUACAACUUUUAUGUUUAGCAUUACUUUUGAAUCUCAGGAUUUACAACAGGGAUUCUUUAGUACUAAAUCCGCCGACCCAAAUCGAUAUUUUAUCUUUUUUGCUCGAAGCGAAAUUGCAUAGACGUUUUGGUUUGUUUUUACAACAUCAAUUGUAAAGUAACAUCAUUCAGUAAUGACUUCAAAAGACUUCAAAGAUUCUUCGCCCAAGUCAAGUUCAAAAGCGCCCCUGAUUGUAACGAUAAGCAGCCCCUCUUUUAACAGCACUGAUAUUUCUAUUUUACCACUUACGAAAAUGUCUGAAAGCACUGAAAGCUUCCAGAGUCCUUUCGCCGAACUAAGUUUUGAAAAUUACCAAUCGAAGUUUAAAAAAGAUUCAUUAUCUCACAUUUCUCUAGAUUCUAGGUCGAAUUUAUCAGCGAGCUCCAACAAAAAUAGCAACGAAAACAGUGAUUGUAUAAGUAUUGCAUCUAAUACAAGUAGUGGAAGUAAUUGUACGAAAAGGAGUCCUUCAAUUUCGUCCGAAGUUACACCAUUUCCGACGCCAGUUCACUCUUCUCACAGUCCGAAUAAAACGAUUUACCACAACACGCCUUUCGCCCGAACUGCGUCUGGCUCGAGGUCCAUAAAACGACAGUACCCAGCCAUUCCUUAUUGGUUUAUCAAUUUAUCAGGACCGACCAGGCCGACCAAUAAAAUCAACGGGUCCUUCCAGAGUCCCAUCAACUUGACUUCCAGCGAGGCAGUUCACGAUCCUCAGUUGCUGGAGGUGCCUCUGAUUGCUCACUACCAGUUGACAAGGGACUUCGAGCUGAUCAACACUGGAUAUGUGCUGCAGCUGUCAAUGAGACCAAGACAAAUGGCUUCAACGACAAGCGAAUUUAACCUCUACGACUAUUCCAACGGUGGAUUCGCCCACCCCCACCUCGCGCCUUCCGAUUCCAAAAUGGGGGGACUGGGUAUGGGACUGGGGCUGGGGUUGGGGGGAGAGAGUAUUCUGGUGGGGGGACCCCUGGAGACUGGCAAUGAAUUCCAGCUGAUUGAUAUUAUUUUCCACUGGGGCAAGGAGACAGACAGGGGCUCGGAGCAUACGGUCAACUUCAAAGCAUAUCCCAUGGAGGUGCAGUUGGUGCACUGGAAUUGUACCUUAUACUCCAGCUACGAAGAAGCUCUCGGCAAACCAAAAGGCAUCUGUAUAUGCGCAUUAUUUGUACAGAUCGGACGAGAACACUCGACACUGAAAAUGAUUAUCGACCACAUUGAGGAAGUCCAGUUCCGGGGUCGCAGUAAGAGGAUCACGACAGCACUGUCUCCCGCUAGCUUCCUGCCUGAUCCCGCUCUGAGGGACUACUGGGUGUACAGUGGCUCACUCACUAUCCCCCCGUGCCACGAGAACGUCACAUGGAUACUCUACAGAUACCCCCUCACCAUCUCACAUUCACAGCUGGAGGAGUUCCGUAGACUGAAGACGUUCACAAGGGGAGAGGCACCCACAGCCGGCUACGAGGGACAGAUGGUGGACAACUUCAGACCCACCCAGGCACUCUGCGACAGACGCAUCACUUCCUCCUUCAAACCAUAGCAACAUCACUCCAGAAUCCGCAAUGAUUUAAUAACCAAAUUAGUACCCAUACAACAUGCGACUUGUUAUGUAAAACACGGUAAUAACAAGCCUCAAACAACCUUAUACUUCUGGCCUGUGAAAUCAGUAGCAAAAAUAAAAAUGGGCAAAAACGAGUUAACUUUUCUAUUUUUUGUUUUAAUUCUUUUACGUUUUAAUGAGUUAAUUCUUUUCUUGCUGAUUUUUGUGAAAUUAAAUAAAAAUUUAUUGUAGCUAAGGUUGGGAAUUUUUAUGUGACUCUAAGCCUCCCAAGGCGUCCAAAACAAAAUCAUCUGUAUGAUGAUCUUACCUGCCGAAUUGCUUUGCAGUAAUUUUAGAGUACUUCCAUUAUUUUUACAAGUAGAUUAGUAGUUUAUAAAAUGAAGUUAUAAAUUCUAAUUAAUAAAUAAUUUCAAAAACUUCUCAUUGUUUUCAAAUGAUGAUAAUGUUUUGAGAAAAAUUGC